AUGUCGUUUUCUACCCUGGUACUGAGUGUUUUCUACCUUGCGGGUGUGUCUGCCGCUUCUGUUUCGAGGCAGAUACAGCUGGGUGACCAUGAGUACUUUGUUCCUCCAACUGCAGCGUGGAGAUUGGAUUCAUGGAAUGCUUCGGCUGAUUCUGAUGAGUUUACGCCUUUGACGGUUGUUGAGUUGAACCAGACGGCAAAUGUUGAGCGCGUUGCUUCUGUGCUGGGGGGGUAUGAGAAGGAUGAUGUCUGGAUCAAGGAGUUUACUCAGACUUUGUACAUCAAGUCCGAUAAGGAAUUGGCCUUCAAAUCCUCCAAGUACAACGUUUCAGCGGUAUAUACCGGUCAAAAGUCGGUGCCUGCGGGCCCAUACUUUGUGCAUCGCUACACAGGCAAUGUCUUCAAGGCAUAUCGUCUUUAUGUCGACACCAACCAAGCCUUCAUCCAAUCCACCUACCAAGACCCCUCCGGAACCCACCAUCCCCUUCGCGCCGGUGCCCUCUCCGCAGGAGGUCUCACGAUCGCCGUCCCAUCGCGUUUAUACUUCACCCCCACGAAAGAAAAGCCUCUCGCUGGUCUUCGUCUCAGUGUCAAGGACUUGUACGAUCUCAAAGGAGUCAAGACAAGUGGUGGCAACAGAGCGCUGUAUGAAAUGAGCAAGGUCAAGACCAAGACAGCUCUAUGCGUACAAAAACUCAUCGAUGCCGGCGCUGUAGUCGUUGGAAAGAACAAAAUGUCCGAGUUUGCGUUUGCAGGCCCAUCCUUCACUGAACAUAUCGACUACCUUCUCCCCUUCAACCCUCGAGGUGACGGAUACAACUCACCUGGUGAUAGCUCCGGUGGCUCUGCUGCAGCUGUUGCUUCAUAUGACUGGCUUGAUGCUAGUAUGGGAAGCGAUACAGGCGGUAGUAUUCGUGGCCCUGCACUCCAGAAUGCUGUCCACGGCAAUCGUCCUACACAAGAUGCUGUCAAUCUCACAGGAGCCCUCCCUCUGUCAUCCGCCAUGGAUACCUCAGGAAUAAUUGCUAGGGAUCCUGCCAUUUUGUCCAAGUUCACACGAUCCCUUUACGCUGGUACGAUCAAAGAGUAUUCUGGGCUGCCGUCUGAGGUCCUCCUUGACAGCGGUAGUGAACAGUUUCUCGUCAACCUUGAAAAGCACUCCACCAAAGCUGCGGAUGCAGUAGGAGAGUUCUUAAACAGCCUCGCGAGCUUAAUGUCUGCUAAUGGCAGUGUAUUCUCAAUUGACUCGGCUUGGACAAACUCUACACCAAAAGCAUUCAGCGACGUGGCUCUCUCCAACAUUCUGGGAGAUGUCUACACAAAUCUGACAUCCUAUGAGCAGUGGAAUGAGUUUGGCAAGGAUUAUGUUGAGAAGUACAAGAGUCUUCACGAUGGUGCAUUCCCUCAUAUGGUGCCUGGGAUUCGCGAAGGUUGGAUGAACGCCAAUAAGACAAUGACGCGGUUGACGCAUGAAGAUGAUUUGGCUUCCAAGAAAGGUGUUGAGGAAUGGGUUGCGAGCGAAUUUUUGACUGCUGAUAACAAGAGCUGCUCGAAUGCUGUCUAUGUCUAUCUAUCAGCCAGCUAUCCUUCGUACAAGCCAGAUGUUUCUCAAGAUGGCUCGAAUCCGUAUAUCCGUGAGCUUCUACAAGCUGGUUCCGAACAACAGACCCUCAUCAACCAGCUCAACACUACCGUUAACUGCAACUCAACUCUUGGGACCGAGGAAACUUGCGAGGAAUCACUGGAAGCAGAGAAAGAAGCAGAGAAAGAAGACUCCAACUCGGGCAGCCAGACCGUCUACGCCGGAAGACUCGCUUCUGUCGCCGGACUCCCAGACUACGCAGUCUCGCUGGGCAUGUUUGACCUGGGCCAAUUCUCCAACUCAAGUCUCCAAAACGAGCUUGUUCCUGUUGGAGCAAACAUCAUGGCUGCAAAGGGCUGUGACUUUGUAAUUCUCGAUAUUAUUGAGGCGCUCCACAAAGAGGGUGUUGUCAAGACAGCCAAGACAGGUAAAAGAUCAUAA